GUUAUCAUAGUUUAUAGUUAUAUGGUAACAAAAGUGUAACUAACAUUCAACUGGUUCUUUUUUAAGUUUUAUUUGCGAUUUGAAUUUUGUGAGUGGGACGCUUUCGCUUUCGUUUUUAGAAUUCUCGAUAUUUUCACGUUUCACAAGAAAUGAUAAUUAUCUGUUCUGCUUACAUCUAUGCACCUUUCACUUUUUAAGACUAAAAAAAUGCUUGAAAGAUGGAUUCGUUGUUAUUGUCUUAAUGAAAAUCACAGCGUUAAUAAAACAGUAGGCUACAAUGGCCGACUAGGUGUAUUAAUAAAAAAUAAUAAGACGAGGCAUGGCAUACACAGCAUGCUGUAUUAUAUCAAAACUAUAGAUUACCUUAAAAGGACUUUGAUUAUAUAUCGACUAAUAAAUUACAGAAAGUUUAGCAAACACUGUGGAAUCAAAAAUAAAUAAAUAGCGCCUCCAGCAUAACGUCAGGAAACAGCAAAGAUAACAUAUAAUUUGAAAAGAACUUUUCAAAAUGAAAACAAAAAGAACAUUCUAAAUAAAUUAUAAGGGGCCUUUCGAAAUCUAUGGAUACACCCGAAGCGCUCACGUGAUCGGUGAAAUCUGACUCCAACUUUACCUACCACUUUCUAUGUCCAUCUAUCGAUCUUUUUUUCUUUCUUUUUCUUUUCUUUUUUUUUGUAACUUUGUGAAAUCGUGUUGAAUGUGUCACUGUUUUAAAUAAAUUUAAAGGGAGCACUCUGCACGCUGUAUACGAUAAUAUAUUCAGAACGUAAAUAAAACUUGUGUUUUUCAUGACUGACAAACGGCCACGUAGACUAUGACACAGAGAUAGCUAACUACUACACUAUAUAGAAAAAUAAUAAUUUCAGAAGCACAUAUGUGAUUCUGCAACCGAGCCUGGUCCAAACGCAGGAUUUAGAAACACUGACUUGCCAACAUCACUGUUGCUCAUCAUCGCCAUGAAGAAUAAUAGCAUUUUGAAAUACUUUGAGAAAAGGCAGAAUGAGAGUAACACUGGAGAUAGAAGGGCGUCACAAACUGCUAUCAAUGCUCAGGAAAAAAAUCAUACGAGCAAGAAAAAAGGAAAGGGGCUUGGAACUAAAGGCCGUGAUCCACUAAAGGAAAGAACAAACCAUUUUUGUAAGGAGAAAGUGGAAGAGGGACAAUCAAAAAGUCAUCUGCAGCAGCGUGCUGAAGGGCAAAGCCACACAUUUAAUUUCCGCUACAAUAAUGACAAAUAUACAGUGGCGUGUGAUACAUCCAAGUCUGUCCUCGAUGCUCUUAAUACAAACAAGAUUUUCAAAAACAUUAAAGAAAACAACAAGAAGAAAGAAAUAGUGAUCCAGAGAUCCAAAGGAGCAGUUCCUAGAGCGGCUAUCAAGGCCGAUUUCCCCUGCUGUCUUAUUGAAAAACAUGAGCUCUUAGACAUAUCCUUCAUUAAAAAUCAUGGAAAUGUUGCUACAAAGAAAAAAACAACUGAAAGGCUUUCAAUCUCCAAUGAAUCAAAAAGCUUAGUAAUAUUUUACAUUAAAACAAAAGGGGGGAAGAAAGUGAAACGGUUAAUGAAAAACAAUGAGCUGAGGAAGAAGGUUGAAGAUGUUUGUGUGUAUGCGUUCAAAGACGACAAACUGAAUGCUGCUCUUCGGCGUGAUGGACGAUUCAUCAAUGCCAUAUUCAAUAAACAGUGUGUACUCUAUAACUUGGAGAGCGAGACAAACUAUGAAAUGUCAAAGACCGUAGAGCAUCUGGAUGGAAAGCAUUUUGAGAUCAUUGUUAUCAGUGACCACAACCAGCCAGAUAGCCAAGAUUUUGCCUUGAGUGAUGACGGCACUGAAAUGAAUGAAGCUUCAGCCGCUGAUUUGAAAGAAAAUGUUGAUCAUAAUGAACAUCCCAUCAACACUGAACAAGAAGAAACACAGAAGAGAAGCACGAUGAAAUCCACAAAACCACAAAUACACAAAACUAAUUCUCCUAAAAUAAUUCCAAAGUCUGAAGAGAUUCUAGCAAUUCUGCGUGCUCAGUUUAAAGAUUUACUGGAGAUAUUAAUGCAGAGAGAGAACCUGAAGAACAAAACCGAGAUCAAAAAGUUCUUUAGAGCAGAAUAUGAUAAAAGUGUUCAGAGUUUCUUGGAAGUGAAGAAAGUGAAGCAGCUCAUGAAACUCUCUGACUCUGUGUGUCAGAUUCGAGUGGAGGGAUCCGCCAGAGGAACCGGCUUCUUACUCUUUGACAGAUUCAUCCUCACUAACGCUCAUGUUGUUGGAGAAUUUGACCCUUUCACCAGGAAGCUUUCAAAGACCUUCACAGCAGUAUUUGGCUAUGAAGAUCUGGAAGCAAAGAAGACAAGGUGUGUGCCGGUCAAGGAACAUCUCGCAGCGUACUAUCAUGGAAAUAUCAACACAGAAACAUAUCUUGACUUUGCUCUUCUUGAACUGAAAGAUGCUGAUGAAAUGGCUGACUGUCCUGGAUUGCUCAGUCGAUACAUUCAUGGCCCCCCUCCUAACCGUGGUGGGAUCUGCAUUGUGGGACAUCCGGGUGAAGGGGUCAAGAAAAUGGACCCCUGCUUCAUCAUUGGGAAAGAGAAUCUACAAGAGGCUGCAGAUAAACACAUCUCUGAGAAUGUCAAUUUCAUUCAUGUGAUGACACAACAGUCUUUGGCAGAGAAAUGGGAAAUGCAUGACAACCAGAUCAUUUAUAACUCCUGUUUCUUUCACGGAUCUUCUGGCUCUCCAGUUUUUGACGAAGACUGCUAUCUGAUUGGUGUGCACACUGGUGGCUACGCGUACAAAGGAGAAAAUUGUAAAACUAGGAGCAUUAUGGAAUACGCUUAUUCCAUGCAGCCCAUCCUGGACAGUAUCAUCACACAGGCCAAGGAAAGUGAGAGAUCCGACAUCUUGAAAUUACUCUCUGAAUAUAAAUCUUUUAAUCUUAACUUGGAAGACAAUGAUGUUGACAUGGAAGAAGAUCCACAAAAUCAGGAAGAUUUUAUAUGAGCAAUGGGAUAGUACAGUCUUGAGUCCUGAUUGAUGCAACAUCCAUUUGUUUUUAUGAAAUAUAAAAAAUUUCAUUUAUCUUGAGGUAUUCAGGCAUGUUCAACAUACAAUUUCAUUCAGUAAUGUAUAAAUUCUGUAUGAUCAUUGGAUGCCUUUAUGCUUAUCAUUGGUUAUGGGUUUUAUUUUCAUUGUUAAUCUGUUCUUUCUGUAACAUUCAUUCUGUUUCUUUAUGUAGCAACCAGAAAACAAACUACAUCUUUGUUAGAUCAGACAGCAUUAUUGUGUUUGUAUAAUUCCAAAGCAUUAAUGAUACUUUGCUUAAAUUCUAGAAAUUCUCCAAAGUGAUAGAUCGACACAAAAUGAAAAUUGUUAUAAAUUAUUCAAACUCAUAUCAUUUCAUACCUGCAUGACUGGCUUUCUUCUGUAGAACACAAAAUAUAUUAAACAAAAAUUGUUUGGAAAAACACGAGUAAAUCAUGACAGAAUUUUUGGGUUAACUAUCCAUUAAGGGGUUAACAAUAACCAUUGUUCUUCAAUAUUUUUGAUUGCUCCAGCACUGUUCAAUGCUGCAGACAUUUGUACUUUCUACUGCUUCAGAAAUACGCCCACAGCUGCAUGUAUACCCUAAAAUCAUCUGUUUUAUUACUUUCUAUUUUGUGCCUCAUUUUCGCUAUAUUAAAUAAUCAUGCUUAAAA